AUGGUUCAAACCAGAAAGGGAAGACAAGUUGGUAGGGUUUCUUUAAUUGAUUUUGAAGGUGAUGUUGUCCUUGAUGAAUAUGUGAAACCUUAUGCUUAUAUUACCAACUAUUUGACAAGAUGGAGUGGUUUGAGAAAAAGAGAUAUUCUAGGAGCUCCUAAUCGAUUAGAAGAUAUUCAAGAACAGUUAACAGAUAUCAUUAGUUCAGAUGAUAUAUUAAUCGGACAUGCUAUAUACAAUGACUUGAAUGUCUUGAAAUUAAGACAUCCAAAAAUUAUAGAUACUGCUGAGCUUUAUGAAUAUGAUGCCCCGAAUCCUAAUGGUCAAGUUGGUUUGAAACAAUUGGCUAGAGAUUAUCUUGGCUGGAAUAUUCAAAUGGGACCUCAUGAUUCAGUGGAAGAUGCAAGAGCUACUUUGGCAUUGGUUGAGCUUAAAUUACCAAAACGUCGCCGUCGUUUCUUAAGAGAGAGUACUACAUUUGAAAGGAAAAUAGAUUGGUUUUAG